AUGUCGUCUCGUAGAAGAAGAGCAUAUCCACAGCCAAAUUAUGCUGCACAGUCACCUUAUGGAGCCACAACGGUUCCAGCAGGAAAUGCCGCACCUGGUGCACCAUCUGCAUACUCGGUGGAUCAAGCAGCUCAAGGAAUAAGCCAAAUGAACAUUAAUGGUGCUGGAGCGAUGCCACAGGGUGUUCCUGGUGUUCGUGGCGCUGCAACUCCCCUCAAUCCAAUCAGUCCAAAUAUUCCAACUGCAGGUGCCAAUCCUGUCAAUUCGGCAUAUUACCAGCAGCAACCUCAACAGUCGGUCCCACUUUAUCCUCAGCAGCAGGGCCAGCAGCCGCAGCUGCAACAACAGCAGCAGCAACAGGGUCAGCAAUCCCAACAACUGGGAUAUCAGCCAAUGGCACAGCAACAGCAGACUUAUUUGAAUCAGCCUGAAUACGGCCAACAGGGACCGGGUGCCGCUCCUCUCAACAUGUUGUACUCAACAGAUCUUCUCAAGGAGCUUCCCCCACCUAUUGCAGAUCUCCAAUUUCCACCGCCACCAAUUGUGUUGCCGGCUAAUGCGACAACCACUGGAUCCGAGAGCUCUAAUGCGGACUACCAGUACUUCAGAUCCACUCUCAACGUGAUUCCAAACACAAGUAGCUUGCUAAAGAAGUCCAAGCUUCCAUUUGCCAUCGUCGUUCGUCCAUACAUCACUCUUCACGACUCGGACAAUCAAAUCCCAGUUGUUUCCGACUGCGUUAUUGCCCGUUGCCGCCGCUGCCGUGCCUACAUUAAUCCUUUCAUCCAUUUCACAGAGAAUGGUAGACGCUGGAGGUGCAACUUUUGUGGUCUUUUGAAUGACGUGCCGUCGGCUUUUGACUAUGACUCUGUUACAUCGCAGCCAGCUCAAAGGAUGGAAAGAAGCGAGCUUAACCAUGGCGUUGUGGAGUUCGUUGCUCCUCCAGAAUACAUGAUUCGUCCACCUCAACCUUUGGUUUACGUGUUUGUUCUCGAUGUCUGCAAGUUUUCCAUAGAUAACGGAUUGCUUGCGACGGUCACGAGGACCAUACUCGACUCGUUGGACAGAAUUCCAAAUAAGGAAGGCCGCGCCAGAAUUGCAUUCAUGGCUGUUGACAGUUCGAUUUCCUACUUUGCCAUCCCAAGAGACGAGGAAACCGACAAGGAGACAAAGAUGAUGAUUGUUUCCGACACAGAGGAGACACUUAUCCCUGCUCCAGAGGGUAUUUUGGUGAACUUGAAGGAGAGCAGGAAGAACAUCGAGAAGUUGCUCCAGGAGAUUCCAUCGUACUUCGCAAACAACAUGAGCACGGACUCUGCAUUGGGCCCUGCGUUGAAGUCUGCACACAGCCUGAUUUCAAGAAUUGGAGGAAAGAUCGAGGUGUUCACAUCCACCUUGCCGAACAUCGGAAUUGGUAAGUUGAAGGUUCGCGAUGAGAAUGCUGUUGCCAACAAGCCCAAGGAGGCAUCAGAGUUGCUCACGCCAAACUCCUCCUUCUACAAGUCGUUUGCUGUGGAAUGCAACAAGUCUCAGGUUACCGUGGACAUGUUUUUAACUGGAUCCUCGUACCAGGAUGUUGCCUCACUUUCAAAUCUUCCAAGAUUCACCGCGGGUCAGACGCACUUCUACCCAGCAUGGUCGGCAAACUCCGUUGAAGAUAUCACAAAACUUUCCAAAGAGGUUUCCAACCACCUCAGUAUGGACAUUGCUCUGGAGGCUGUGCUUCGUGUUCGUGGAUCAAACGGCAUGCGCAUGCAGUCAUUCUUUGGAAACUUCUUCAACCGGUCCUCCGAUUUGUGCUCCUUCCCAUCUUUCCCUCGGGACCAGUCAUAUGUCAUCGAGGUGUCCAUUGAGGACUAUAUCACAAAGCCGAUUGUCUAUUUCCAGUGUGCAGUUCUUCACACCACUUGCUUUGGCGAGCGUCGUAUCCGUGUCAUGACUCUGGCUAUACCAACUUCGAAGGAUCUCAAGAGUGUGUAUGCAUCUGCAGAUCAGCUUGCCAUCACAAACUACUUUACGCACCGUGCAAUAGAGAAGACGAUGUCCUCAUCCCUUGAUGAUGCACGUGACUAUUUGCGCAAGUCGGUGGUGGACAUUCUCAGCUUGUACAAGAAGGAAAUUGUUCCGGGCAACAUGGGCUCAUCUUCUCCUUUGCAGCUUUGCACAAACCUGCGAAUGCUUCCUUUACUGUUGCAGUCUUUAGCCAAGAAUAUUGCAUUCCGUUCAGGCCGCGUUCCAUCAGACCAUCGUGCUGCAGCAUUGAAUAAACUUGGAUCGAUGCCUCUUCCAUAUUUGAUCCGUGCAAUCUAUCCAUCGGUCUACAGCUUGCACACAAUGCCCGAUGAUUGCGGACUUCCAUACGAGGGUGAAGAGGAGGAAGGCGACGAAGAGCCUACUCAAAGUAGCGACUUGGAGCGUGGAGAAAUCGUCAUUCCAGAGCCUGUUAACGCCUCGUGCAUGAACUUGGCCCGCUAUGGAUUGUACUUGAUCGACAACACAUCGGAGUUAUUCCUCUAUGUUGGUGGAGAUGCCGUCCCACAACUUGUCGAAGAUGUGUUUGGCGUUCAGAACAUUGCUGACAUCAAGAUUGGCAAGGCUGAACUUCCAGAGCUAGAAAACGAAUUUAACACCAGAGUUAGAAACAUUAUCUCCAAGAUUAGAGAAGGAAAGGAUACCAUUGAGUAUCUGAACUUGUAUGUUGUCGUUGGCCCAGGAAGUAACGAGAGUGCUACUGCAAGCGCAAACAGAGAUUUGAUUCCGUUGCGUAUAUGGUGCAUGUCUGACAUGGUUGAAGAUCGUGCUACCUCAAAUGUUAGCUAUAAGGAGUACUUGGGACAGCUUAGAGAGAAAGUUUCAUCGUGA